GGCUAGCUCAGCUGCUCGGUUAUGUUUAUUUAUAUCUGACAAACAUUUCCAGGCUGAUAUCAGUUAAUUAAACCGCUGUAGGUUGGAUUUUUCACUUAAUUUCUUCUCAGAGGAGAGGAAUGUUUGCAUUUAAUUCAAGAUUUUGCUCCCAUAAUCGGCAAGACAAGCUCUGAGAAAUGAGUGAGAUCAUGUUGCAGCUCUUCUUCGGUUCUGUGUGUCCACUUUCCCACGCAGUUCACAUGUACCUCCAUAAACACAUCAAGAGAGACCGCCAAAAUCAGCCGAGACUAUGAGGAUCUGACACCCGGAUUGCCUCCACUGCUCAGCAGAUGUCUUCUGCUGCUCUCUGUAGUCAUACAUCUGAAGGACAGGAGCAGAAAGCCACGUGGAAGGAGAGGAAUCACCUCUGUUCUGAGUGUGGGAAGCGUUUCACGCUGCAGAGUAGCCUCCAACGACACCGGCGCAUCCACACAGGAGAGAAGCUGUGCUACUGUCCAGAAUGUGGGAUGAGUUUUCGUGAAAGAGGCGCUCUCAGAAUACACCACCGCACCCACACCGGCGCCAGGCCUUAUCGCUGCUCAGAGUGCGGGAAGUGUUUCAGCGUUGGCGGCACUCUCCGAAAACACCAGCGCAUUCAUACAGGAGAGAAGCCGUACCGCUGUUCAGACUGCGGGAAGAGCUUUACCCAGCAGAGCGGCCUGCAGGGGCACCAGCGCAUUCACGCGGGAGAGAAACCGUUCUACUGCUCGGAGUGCGGGAUGUGCUUUAGUGAAAAAGGGAAUCUCAAAAGACACCAGCGCGUUCACACGGGAGAGAAACCGUAUCGGUGCUCCGAGUGCGGGAAAGGUUUUAGUGAGAUUGGUCACCUCAGAACACACCAGCGCGUUCACACGGGGGAGAAACCGUACUUCUGCUCAGAGUGCGGCCGAAUAUUCAGACAUUCGAGUAGCUUGAAGAGACACAAAUGUACGAACGAGGAGCCGAGAACGCCUGACGACGCGUGAGGAAUAGUCCACGGGCACAUGGGUAUUUUAUAAAACCCAUCCACACCAGCACCGUUUUUAUCCAUCUAUUACUCUCCUUACUUUGGAAGAGAAAAACAUUACUUCAAGUCGAUGAAACCGGCUCUGAUCCUUAUUUAGUUUCCCCUGAAUUCCUGGUGCCACUUAAACUGGUGGGAAGCUACUAAAUUUGUGUUUUCCAGACGUUUAUAUUUAUCUCAUACUCAGCCCCUCUCCCUAUUCUGGCGAGUCUCUCACAGCAUUUAAAAGCACAGAAGCCCACCGGCUCUUCACGUCAGGGUGGGUGAAGGAUCCCGUGGUGUUGCAUAAAGAGGAGAUAAACUCUGAUCAUAGGAGGGAAACGACAUCAGCUAAUUAACACAGACGUGAUCAAUGCCAGCCUUUAGAGAACUUAAGCUGAUGGUAUCAGCCGAGAGAUAAACGUCUAGACGUCUAGUCGUCCCCCUAACGGAGCUGCAAUCAGCUGGUCUAUCUUUACUUCUCUGUUUCUGGAGAUGUUAAUGAUGCUUGAAUGGAGAAAUAAAAUCCAUUAUUAAGUAUUAUUACCUGAGAACUGUUCUGUAAUGGUUUCUGUCCUAACUUAAGUCUUAAGGUGACAACAAAGCAGGUAAGAUAUCUUUAAGGGUCAUCCUCGAUUCUCUGCUCUCCCAACUGCUACCGUGACCCUAUAUGGACUAAGCGGUUAACGAUGAUGAAUGAAAGAAUGACAUUACAACAAUAGAACAUCUAUACAGAACCAUAUUCAACACAUUCUGCAUCCGUCUGAAGAACCAUUUCAUGAUGCAAAGAACAGUUGAAUCAUGCAAAGGCUUUCAUUGAGUGUUCAUGGUUCUAUAUAGUGUGAUUGUAAUAAAGAACCAAUGAAGAACCAUU